GCAAACAUCAGCAGAGUACAAGACAGGGCACAAGAUAUUUGAUUGCAUGUUUAAAGGCAGAAGGAAUCAGAAACACUGAGAACAAUGAUGAUCCACGUCCACUUCACUUUGCUCUUUCUUUGGGUGACAAAAGAUUUUGUGAGCUCUGUUAAUAUGAAGAUGCCCAUUGAUUUCUUGACUGUAGCAUUAGGGGACUCUCUUACAUUAAACUGCACCUACAACUGCUCCUCUGGAUUUGUUCGCGGCUGUUGGAGUAAAGUUUUAGACAACUCUGGCUGUCACAGGACACGGGUCAGCCUAGGCACAGUUUGUACAGUGUCUCUUCAACUAUCAAAUCUGUCCACUGAAGAUAUCAAGAACUAUACCUGCUACUCUGAAGAUACAGAUGAUAUUCGUCUUCCACAAAAAACAGAGCGCAUUGUUUUGCUGCGACUCCAAGGACAAACAAAAGCCCCAAACUUCACAGUUACCCCGAAGACUGAAACUAAAAAUGCAUCUUUUCCUGCUAAGCCAAAGGAUUCAAAUGGAGGAGAAUUUAUUGGAAUUAAGGUUUUAGCAACAGUUACUGUUGCUGUGGCCACGGUGCUUGCAGCUUUAGCUAUUUAUCUGUGGCUGAGCCGAAGCAAACAGUGCUGGAAUUGUAAAGGGGAGCCUGUCGUGUCCAGAUCAGGCUCACCACUGCCUCCUCACUCUGUCGUCUCACCAGUAAAGGGGCCGCUAGUGACACAAAGUGAAAGAGUGACUUUGAGGAUUCCUACUCCAGAUAAUGAGAGUGACACAGAGGUUCCAUAUGCUGACAUAAUGAUUACUGUACGAGGCGUUAGUACACCAGAGCUCACUCAGGUCUGCUACUUGACUCCUGGAGAUCAAAAAGAGCGGUGGGGAGAUGAAUCAAGGUCUCACCUGCAGGCCUCACGUUCAGCUGACAGACUGCAUGUGCUCCAGGCCAGAGAGGUCAGCCGCAAGAUGAGCACCAACUCCGAGUACGCAGUCAUCACGUAUGCCUGACUUUGAGGUCGUCCCUGCUGGGAGAGAAGAGGAGAAGAGAGAUAAUAAUACAGCUAUUUUAUAUGUACUUGAUAUUGCGAUUGAUAUGUGUGUGUUUGUGGUGUUUGUAAUGAUUUGUUACUAAUAAAGACGGUUUGUUUU